AUGGGCAGGAUAGCUGUGGUCAUCGACAAUGGCAGUGGCUUCACCAAGGUGGGCUUUGCUGGGGAAGAAAAGCCUCGAUUUAUACUGAAGACUGCCAGUUGCUUGCCCAAUUGUACCAGUGCCAUGCGAGGUAUGCCUUGCCACCUGGAUGCCCUGGGCAUGGCCCCGAGCCAAAGUCGCCCCUUGAAGCACGGCAUGGUCGUGGACUGGGAAGCCAUGGAGAGUUUAUGGAGCCACCUCUUUGCUUGUGGCCUGAAGACCAGCCCUAAAAACUGGCCUGUCCUCAUGAGUGACUCACCCACCAGUCCACCCAGUAGCAGGGAGAAGAUAGCCGAGCUGAUGUUCGAGACGUUCUCGGUGCCAGCUUUUCACGUAGCCAGUACAGGACUGCUGGCUCUGUGCUCCGGGGGGAGCCUCAGCGGGUUAGCGGUAGAGGCCGGGGCAGGCGUGUGCCACACCACACCCAUCUACGCCGGCCACACCUGGCACAAGGCCACGUUCCGGCUCGAUAUGGCCGGAGCCGCCCUGUCUAAGUACCUUCACGGACUGCUGCUGGAGGCCUGUCCUGACCCGAGGCUCCAAGCCCUCCCCCGGCGCGCCAUCACCAAGCUGAAGAAACAAUUCUGCUAUGUCUCUUUAGAUUACGAGGCAGCGCUACAGCGUUCCCCCACACCUCGACACCCGUCCACUAGCUUCCACACAGCCAAUGACUGCCUUGUGACCCUGACCAAUGAGCUCUUCCGCUGCCCCGAACCUUUGUUCCAGCCCAGCCUCCUGGGCCACAGCUCUCCAGGCCUGCCCAGCCUGGCAUUCCAGGCGCUGCAGGCGGUGCCCGAAACCAUUCGGCCCAAGCUAGCAGCCAAUGUGGUGGUGGCGGGGGGCUCCACGCUCUUUCCUGGCUUCCCGCAGAGGCUGGGCCUAGAACUGGAGGCCCUGUGCCUGAAGCAGCAGCAGCAGCAGCAGCAGGGGCCCGCAGCCACCUCGGGGACGGUGCUGCAUCCGCAGCUGGUGGCCAAGCCCGAGCGGGGCCUGGCCGCCUGGGUGGGAGGCUCCAUGGCUGGCUCGCUCCGGCCCUUCCAUCGCCUGUGGGUAUCACGCGCCUUGUACGAGGAACGAGGUGCGGGCUGUGUGCAUGAAGUAUUUGAUUGA